AUGACCGCCUCACCGGACGACAUGAGUGUGGUGGGAAAGUUCCACAACAUGACAGCUGAUGACUGUUUCCAAUCUCGGAACACUGUCCUCCAGGGGCAGCCCUUUGGGGGUGUCCCCACCGUGCUGUUCCUCAACAUCAUCUUGUGGGUGCUUGUCCUUGUGGUUUACUCCUUCCUCCGGAAAGCUGCGUGGGACUACGGGCGCCUGGCUCUGCUGAUCCACAAUGACAGCCUGACCUCGCUGAUCUAUGGUGAGCAGAGUGAGAAGACGUCUCCCUCGGAGAUUUCCUUGGAGAUGGAGCGCAGGGACAAGGGCUUCUGUUCCUGGUUCUUCAACAGUAUAACCAUGAGGGACAGCGAUCUGAUCAGCAAGUGCGGCGACGACGCCCGCAUCUACAUUAUGUUCCAGUACCACCUCAUCAUCUUCGUGCUCAUCCUCAGCAUCCCCUCCUUGGGUGUCAUUUUGCCCAUCAACUACACCGGAAAUGUUCUGGACUGGAACAGUCACUUUGGUCGGACCACCAUCGUCAAUGUCUCCACAGAGAGUAAGCUCCUGUGGCUGCACUGCCUCUUCUCUUUCUUCUACUUCAUCACUAACUUCAUGUUCAUGGCUCAUCACUGCUUGGGGUUCGUGCCCAGUAAGAGCCAAAAGGUCACAAGGACGCUGAUGAUCACCUAUGUGCCCACAGACAUCCAAGAUCCAGAAAUCAUCACCAAGCACUUUCACGAGGCCUAUCCAGGGUGCUUUGUGACCAGAGUCCACUUCUGCUAUGACGUCAGGACCCUGAUCGACUUGGACGAUCAGAGGCGCCACGCCAUGCGAGGCCGGCUCUUCUACACGGCCCAGGCCAAGAAGACUGGGAAGGUAAUGAUCAGGAUCCACCCCUGCUCCCGCCUGUGCUUCUGCAAGUGCUGGACCUGCUUCAAGGAGGUAGAUGCAGAGCAAUAUUAUAGUGAGCUGGAGGAGCAGCUGACCGACGAGUUCAACGCCGAGCUCAGCCGCGUUCACCUGAAGCGUCUCGACCUGAUGUUUGUCACCUUCCAGGACUCCGGGAUGGUGAAGCGCAUCAAGGAGGAUUACAAGUACAUCCACUGUGGUGUGCACCCCCAGCAGUCCUCAGUGACCACCAUCGUCAAAUCCUACUGCUGGAGGGUCACUCUCGCCCCGCACCCUAAAGACAUCAUUUGGAAGCACCUGUCGGUCCGCCGCUUCUCUUGGUGGGCCCGCUUUAUCACGAUCAACACCUGCCUCUUCUUUCUCUUCUUCUUCCUCACCACGCCCGCCAUCAUCAUAAACACCAUCGACAUGUACAACGUCACCCGCCCCAUCGAGAACCUGCAGAGCCCCAUCGUGACCCAGUUCUUCCCCUCCCUGUUGCUCUGGGCCUUCACGGUGAUCCUGCCUCUGAUCGUCUACUUGUCCGCGUUCCUCGAGGCGCACUGGACCAGAUCGAGUGAGAAUCUGAUCAUAGUACACAAGUGCUACAUCUUUCUGGUGUUCAUGGUGGUCAUUCUGCCCUCUAUGGGACUGACCAGUUUGGAUGUCUUUUUCCGCUGGCUCUUUGACGUCUACUAUCUAGAACAGGCGUCCAUCCGCUUCCAGUGUGUGUUCCUGCCAGACAACGGUGCCUUUUUCGUCAACUACGUGAUCACGGCGGCUUUGCUUGGCACAGGCAUGGAGCUGCUGCGUCUGGGCUCGCUCUUCUGGUACAGCCUCCGCCUCUUCUUUUCCAGAUCAGAGCCAGAGAGAGUCCACAUCAGAAAGAGCCAGGCAGAAGACUUCCAGUACGGGCGCGAGUACGCGUGGAUGCUGAACGUCUUCAGUGUAGUGAUGGCAUACAGCAUUACUUGCCCUAUCAUUGUCCCUUUUGGGCUUCUCUACCUGUGCAUGAAGCACUUGACCGACCGCUACAACAUGUACUACUCCUACGCUCCCACCAAACUGAAUGAGCAGAUCCACAUGGCCGCCGUCUACCAGGCCACCUUUGCACCCCUCUUGGGUCUGUUCUGGAUGCUCUUCUUCUCCAUCCUGCGAUUAGGUUCCUUCCACACCAUCACCUUCUUUUCCCUGUUCUCUCUCAUCAUUUCCAUGAUAAUUGCCUUUUUUGGCACUUUUCUGGGGAAGCUUCGGGUAAUCAACGACUACGAGCCCGAGGAAGAGAUACAGACUGUGUUUGACAUGGAGCCAAGCAGCACCUCCUCCACACCCACCUCCCUUCUGUACGUGGCCACUGUGCUGCAGGAGCCAGAGUUGAACCUGACCCCAGCCUCCUCCCCAGCCCGGCACACCUACGGCACCAUGAACAGCCAGCCGGAAGAGGGAGAAGAGAGUGGUCUGAGAGGCUUUGCGAGGGAGCUGGAUUCGGCCCAGUAUCAGGAAGGGCUGGAAUUGGAGGGCCAGAGCCAAUACCAAUGA